AGAACACAGCAGGUUGUCACAGCAACCCUGGGAGAAGAUGCAGUCUUAACCUGUGAGCUCAUGACACCCAAAGACGUGCGGCAAGUCACCUGGCAAAAAGUGACAACUGGGGCGAAUGAAAAUGUGGCCACUUACAGCAAACGCGGUUCCAAUGUCAACCCACCUUUUCAAGGGAAAGUGGAGUUUGAAGACGAGGGACUGCAGAACUGUUCUAUCGUCAUCAGAGGAGUGUCAAGAGGAGACGAGUCCUGCUACAAGUGUCUGUUUAACACCUUUCCAGAAGGACCUAUCAGUGGAAGGACCUGCCUCCAUGUAAAUGAGCUGUAUGGACCCUCACUCCUCAUCACACAAACCAACAACAGUCACACCACUCUGUCCUGUUCUGCUACUGGACGACCUGUUCCUAUAGUGACCUGGGACAACAUAGAAAUUCUAGAAAAUUCCACAAUGAUCAAUGUCACCCAUCUCAAUGGUACUGUCACUGUCACCAUAACUUCCACGCUGGCAGCAUUCAGUCUACCUGACAAAGACACCAGGGUUGGCUGUGUGGUGUCACUGUUCUCUGGAGGUGUCACCAAGAACGUUUCCAUGGUUAUUCCAGCUAGAACUCAAGCUUCAUUUCCUGUUAAGCCAACAGGGAUUGUUGCAGUGAUGGGUUCACUGUGUUUCAUUUCUGUGUGCUGUGGAGCUGCUGUGGUACUGUGGUGCAAACUGAUAAAUACAAUGAGAAGGUAA